CCUUCUUUCAGCAGGACAUAAUCUCUCAUUUGAAGCUCUUUCAGUCAGGUAAACUCCACAGGUGAACUCUGAAGGAGCAGAAACACCUGGACGAGGGAGAAGAAGUGAAGCUGUCAGUCAUGGCUUCCUCCAGCAGUCUCCUGUCUGAAGAUGAGUUAAGAUGCUCUAUAUGUUGGGAUGUGUUCACUGAUCCAGUCUCUACUCCAUGUGGACACAACUUCUGCAUGGUCUGUCUCAGAGAGUACUGGAACAGCAGCUCACACUGCCAGUGUCCACUCUGUAAGAGAAAAUUCCCCCAAAGACCUGAACUGUCUAUAAACACCUUCAUCUCUGGACUGGCUGCUCAGUUCCAAAAGUCAGUUCAAAUGAAACCAGUACAAUCUCAGGUCUUCUGUGAUUUCUGUGAUGAGAAACGUGCAGCUCUGAAGUCCUGUCUGAUCUGUAUGGCCUCUUACUGUAAAACUCACCUGGACUCACAUCAGAGAGUCGCUUCAUUAAAGAAACACAAGCUGAUGGAUCCUGUGGAGAACCUGGAGGACUACAUCUGCCAGAAACAUGAGAGACCCCUGGAGCUGUUCUGUAGAGACCACCGGACUCACAGCACUGUUCCUAUAGAGGAGGAGAGUGGAGAGAAGAAGACUCAGCUGGAGAAGACACAGGCAGAAGUUCAGCAGAUGAUCCAGGAGAGACUGAAGAAGAUCCAGGAGAUCAAACACUCUGUAGAACUCAAUAAAAAAAUCAGAGAGAAGGAGGAAGCAGACAGUGUGGAGAUCUUCAGGGCUCUGGUGCGCUGCAUUGAGAGAAGCCAGGCUGAGCUGCUGGAGGUGAUGGAGGAGAAGCAGAAAGCAGCAGAGAGGCAGGCUGAAGAGCUGAUUAAAGAGCUGGAGCAGGAAAUCACUGAGCUAAAGAGGAGAGACACUGAGCUGGAGCAGAUCUCCCACACUGAGGACCACCUCCACCUCCUACAGAUUUACCCGUCCCUCUGCAGACCCCCACACACCAAGAACUGGACUGACGUCAGUGUUAACACUCCUCUGAGUGUGGAGAGUCUGAGGAGAGCUCUGUCUCAGCUUCAGGAACAUCUCACACAGGAGAUGGAGAAGAUUCCUGAGAUCAAACUGAAGAGAAUUCAGCAGUAUGCAGUGGACGUGACUCUGGAUCCUGAUACAGCUCAUCCUUUUCUCAUCCUGUCUGAUGAUGGAAAACAAGUUAAACAUGGAGACAAACAACAGAAACUCCCAGAUAAUCCAGAGAGAUUUAAUACAUAUAUCUGUGUUCUUGGAAAGGAGGGUUUCUCCUCAGGGAGAUUUUACUAUGAGGUUCAGGUCAGAGAGAAGACUAUGUGGACUUUAGGAGUGACCAGAGAGUCCAGCAACAGGAAGGGAGCGGUUACACCCAAACCUGUGGAAGGAUACUGGACUGUGUGUCUGAUGAAUGAAACUGGAUAUUUGGCUGCAGAAUCUUUUCCUGUUCUCCUCUCAUUGAAACAGGCUCCCCAGAAGGUGGGGGUGUUUGUGGAUUAUGAGGAGGGUCUGGUCUCCUUCUAUGAUGUUGAGGUCAGAUCUCAUAUCUACUCUUUCACUGGUCAGUCUUUCACUGAGAAACUCUAUCCAUUACUCAACCCCUGUUUCAUUGAUGGAGGUAAAAAUUCAGCUCCACUGAUCAUCACUCCUGUUCAACAUUAUAAAUAAGGUUUAUUUUCUUCAAUUUAACUGUGGCUCAGCAGUGCAUAACUUAAUCUGCUUCAUCACAAUAAUCAGAUAAAUGGUUCUCUAUUUUUUGACAUGAUCAGAUUAUUUAGGCACCGGAAAAGUUCACUUAAGUUCAGUUGUACAAAGAUAUAAUAAUGAUUAUUACAGGUCCAUUUAAUUAAAUUUAUCAAUGAUCAUAAGAAGAACACUAACCUGUCUGUACUAGUUGAAAUUAAGGUCAUUUCACUGUUAAAAUCACUUUAAAGCCCCUUUUUUUGGUUGUACAUAUUUAUAGUGUUAUGAUUGUUUAAUGUUUUUUUUUAUUUUGUUUCUGAAAUGUUGUUAUAUAUUAAUGAAAUUGAUUUUGUAUGCAAAAAUAAUCAACAUUAAUUUGUUUAUAUCUAUUGAUUGAAAUGAUUAUACACUCCCAGAUGUACAGUAAGGCUACGUUCACAUUACCAAGCUGAAAUGACUCAAAUCUGAUUUUUGGCUCAAUGUGGCUCAAAUCAGAUUUUUUUCAUGGCUGUGUGAAUGUGCCAAUUUUUAUUUCUUUUUUUUUUUUUCAAAUCAAGACUUACGUCAAUUUUAUACGUGGUCCUAAAUCGGAAACGUAUCCAAAUCUGAAUUUGUGCGUCUUUUUGCUUUUAUGCAUGCGCUACAUGCUUCUCUCUUGUACCCACACUGCAUCUCUUGGUGCAGCUGUGCAGCUAUAGCUGCAAAAACAGCAAAAGCAAACUGCCUGGCCAUUUUUCACCUCCUGGACCUGAGCCUGAACUUCAGAGCAGCUGUUUAAUCUCCACUCCAGCCAAAGAUGCUCCACAUUUGAGCUGCUAACUCAUCCAUUUCUCUUUAUAAAGCUACGAGUCUCUCGUCUCUCUAAUAUGAGGGUUUUUUGUUGGUGGUGAAGAAGGAGACGUUUAUACAGGUAUCAAGGCUUGUAAUGUGAACGAAGCCUGUAUGUCCAAAUAUUUGUGGACAUCUUAGUUUAAGUUGCACACCUUGUUGCCAGAUAUGUGCAAAUGCACACACACAGCUUGUCCAGUUCCUGUAUAAGCAGGAACCUAUUAGCACCAUGCCCAAUAUCAUGUGUGGACUAGCGGGAUAUAAAACCCCAGUAUUGAGCUGUGGAACAGUGGAACUGUGUUCUCUGGAAUGAUGGAGCUCCAUCUAAUACCUUUGGAAUCAGUUGAUGAAAACUAAUUCAUGUAUUUCUGAAUGCAAUCAGAUCCUCACAGCAGUGUUUUAAACCGUAGUAAAAAGCAUUUGCAGCUCUUAUUUCAGCUCAGACCUCAUAUCUACACUUUCACUGGUCAGUGUACACUAU